AUGGCUUCUUCACAAUCCGAUCAGUCUAAGCGCCCAUAUCUUGAUCCUCUUGUGGUGACAGAUACUUCUGGCAGAGAGGUAAAAAGCCCUGGAAUUCACAUUGGGCGCCAACUUGUUACUAACUUUUUUCCCCAUCAGCGCUCUUUAUCUGCCUCUUCUGCUGCUGUCUCUUCAUCAUGGUCUAAUCCCACAGACUUGAAUCAUAGUCCGACGUCAACAUCUCUUUCACCGGAUAUGGCUUGGAACCAAAAUCAAGGCCAUCUGACGGUGCAUAAUGCAUCACAUCGGCAUUCUAGUUCCAUUGAUGGUGAUACUUUACGUCCUCGUUCGAGCUCAUACGCAUCAACUGCGGAGACUAUGAUCCGCUCUAGGGCUAACUCCGAAACGGAUCCCUCCCAUGUUAAAGCAAUCUACGAUGAUGUAUCACUCAAAGAUGCUCUGAACCCCGAUCCUCGAGAAGAAGCUGAUUUUCACAUCGAGGAUAAUCGCUUUGCCUUUUCUCCGGGUCAGCUUAAUAAGAUGCAGAACCCCAAGUCUCUCGCGGCUUUCCACGCCCUUGGUGGCUUGCAGGGGUUGGAGCGUGGUCUACGAACGGACCUGAGUGCAGGUCUUUCUCCCGAUGAAGGUCGAUUGGCGGGUACAGUUGACUUUCAACAAGUUACUCCGCCAUUAUAUGAUAGGCGGUCUUCAAUAAUAAAGGCAGAAUCAGAGCCCGGUCAGACAAUAGCGCCAUCACCACAACCACCACCAUCUGGACAUGGCUCGCCAUUUGAGGAUCGCAUUCGUGUUUUCAGCCAGAAUAAGUUGCCCGCUCGCAAGUCGACAGGCUUCUUCAAGCUUUUUUGGAUUGCAUAUAACGACAAGAUCAUUAUACUACUUACUGUUGCUGCAAUUGUAUCAUUGUCAUUGGGCAUAUAUGAGACAGUGGAUGGAGGAGGUUCAGGUGUGGACUGGGUGGAAGGAGUGGCUAUCUGCGUUGCGAUCUUGAUCGUCACUGUUGUCACUGCUGCAAAUGAUUGGCAGAAGGAAAGACAGUUCGCUAAACUUAACAAGCGAAACGAUGAUAGAGAAGUCAAAGUCAUCAGAUCGGGAAAGUCCCUGCUGAUAUCAGUUUACGAUGUCUUGGUCGGCGAUAUUCUGCACCUGGAGCCUGGUGAUUCUGUCCCUGCUGAUGGAAUCCUAAUCACUGGACAUGGAGUAAAAUGUGACGAGUCCUCAGCUACUGGCGAGUCAGAUCAAAUGAAAAAGACAAAUGGCCAUGAGGUAUGGCAGCAGAUUAUCGAGGGCACCGCAACCAAAAGACUUGAUCCGUUCUUGAUAUCUGGCAGCAAGGUUCUUGAAGGUGUCGGUACCUACCUAGUCACUAGCGUCGGUCCUUACUCAAGUUACGGCCGCAUCAUGAUGUCGCUGCAAACUUCCGAUGACCCGACACCACUCCAGGUGAAGCUGGGUCGUUUGGCUGAUUGGAUUGGAUAUCUUGGCUCGGCUGCUGCCAUCAUCUUAUUCUUCGUCCUGCUGUUCCGAUUUGUCGCCGACCUUCCACAUCACCCUGACCGAAGUCCUGCCGUCAAGGGAAAGGAAUUUGUAGAUAUCCUGAUUGUUGCUGUGACUGUUAUCGUUGUUGCCAUUCCCGAGGGUCUUCCUUUGGCUGUCACACUUGCCCUUGCGUUUGCUACCUCUCGCAUGGUCAAGGAGAACAAUCUGGUCCGUGUUCUCCGGGCCUGCGAGACAAUGGGAAACGCUACUGUGAUUUGCUCAGACAAGACUGGAACUUUGACUGAAAAUAAAAUGACGGUGGUCACUGGCACUUGGGGUUCGAAGGAGAGCUUUUCUCAGCUGUCUGAGACCAAAAAUGGCAUAGCAUCACAACAAGCCUCUGAAGUCUUUCCGAGGCUGUCUGCCCCGGUUCGAGAACUGAUUGUUAAAAGCGUUGCCCUGAACUCCACUGCUUUUGAGGAUGAGAAAGAUGGCCAGAAGCAAUUUGUAGGAAGUAAGACCGAGGUCGCUCUCCUUCAAUUGGCACAGACGUACCUGGGAAUGGACCUGCCUUCGGAGCGUGGUUCUACUGAGAUUGUCCAGCUCAUCCCGUUCGACUCUGUGCGAAAGUGUAUGGGCGUUGUUUACCGCAAGGCAGGCACUGGCUAUCGCCUCCUCGUCAAAGGUGCCUCGGAGUUGAUGGUGGACGCCUGCACUUCGCAAAUUACCGAUCUCGAGACAGGAAAAGAGAGAAUCAAUACAGAUUCGCUUUCUGAAGAAUCACGACAAGAGAUUCUUAAGACCAUCGACCAAUAUGCACAGGACUCUCUCCGAACUAUCGGACUUGUCUAUACAGACUUUACCGUCUGGCCUCCGAAGGGUGCCGAAAGACUAGAGGACGAUGCGUCUCAAGCCAAAUUCGACGAUGUCUUCCGUGAAAUGACCUGGGUUGGUGUCGUGGGAAUUCAGGAUCCUCUUCGACCUGAGGUUCCACCGGCCAUUCGCAAGUGUCAUUCUGCAGGAGUUCAAGUCAAGAUGGUAACUGGAGACAACGUCGCAACGGCAACUGCAAUUGCAACAUCUUGUGGAAUUAAGACAGAGGACGGCCUCGUUAUGGAAGGUCCUAAGUUCCGACGACUAUCCGACAAGGAAAUGGAUCAAGUAAUACCCCGCCUGCAGGUUCUGGCACGUUCUUCACCGGAGGACAAGCGUAUUCUUGUAGAACGAUUGAAGAUUCUCGGCGAAACAGUUGCUGUGACGGGUGAUGGUACCAAUGAUGGACCUGCUCUGCGGACUGCAGAUGUCGGUUUUUCUAUGGGUAUUGCUGGAACUGAAGUAGCCAAGGAGGCUAGCUCGAUCAUUCUUUUGGAUGAUAACUUCCGGUCCAUUGUGACUGCGAUCGCGUGGGGACGAGCUGUCAAUGAUGCCGUCGCUAAAUUCUUGCAGUUUCAAGUCACUGUCAACAUCACUGCUGUAAUUCUGACAUUCGUGUCUGCUGUGUACAGCAGCUCCAACAGCAGUGUUCUGAAUGCAGUACAACUUCUCUGGGUGAACUUGAUCAUGGACACGUUCGCUGCUCUCGCUCUGGCUACGGACGCCCCGACAGAGAAGAUCCUGGAUCGGAAACCAGUAGCCAAGAGUGCGUCACUUUUCACAUUGACCAUGUGGAAGAUGAUCCUCGGACAGGCUGUUUACCAACUUGCCAUAACCUUUAUGCUCUACUUCGCAGGAGACAAGCUUCUCAACGCCCACCUCGCCAACAAUGAUCCAACCCUUCGAGCUAAACAGCUCUCUACAGUCGUCUUCAACACAUUUGUGUGGAUGCAAAUCUUCAACGAGUUCAAUAACCGACGCCUCGACAACAAGUUCAACAUCUUUGAGGGCAUGUUCCGGAACUACUGGUUCCUAACUAUCAACGCCAUCAUGAUUGGCGGACAGGUUAUGAUCGUCUACGUAGGCGGCCAGGCCUUUGGCGUGACUCGACUGAAUGGCAUCCUGUGGGCAGUUUGUUUGAUCUGCGCUCUAGGUUGUCUACCUUGGGCUGUGGUACUCCGCCUAAUUCCAGACCGUCAUUUCGGUGUUGUCUUCAACGCUGUCGUCCGUGGUAUGAGUGUUGUCAUGAAGCCGCUGCUCAAGGCUUGGGAAAUGCUUUCUCGCGGUAUAAAGGCGGUCUUUCGACCAGUCACGCGAUUUGCCCGUCGCGUUCUCUUCCGGGAUGAUACCAAGACUGAUGAUACCGCUGACAAAGUUGAGCUAAAGACUCCCGUCUCUGAUGUAGAGGCCCCUGCUCCAGCCCCUGCUCCGGCCCCUGCUCCGGCCCAAUUGGCUAAGCAGGAGAGCCAUGAGCGACCUAAAACUCCGCCGACUAUAACAGUGCCUCCGAUCACUGUCACAAGCUCGCCCUAG